UGGAUCAGCCCCUGGUUUCUCAUGAUAAGGGAGGCAGGAGCAGUCCCGGGAAAUGGGCAGAGCCUCUGGUCUGCUUGGCCGUGUGGUAACAGCUGAACAUUUAGUUGGAAAGCUGAGCACAAUACCAGCACCGUGCCACUGUGGGAGACAGAGAGAGGGAGGGAAGCCGAGAGACACUGAGAAAUAACGGUGCAGCCAAGGAGACGGCGGAAAAACUCUUCCCCCAAAUCCCCACGUCUGCAGAGAAAAGAAGCAGCAGAGACAAACAAAAGCAUUCUUGCCUUUCAGUUUAAAAGAAGAAGGGGAAAAAACAAUCAACAAUAAGUUGGGGCGUGAUAUUUUUCUUGAGAUAGAAAUUCAGAGGGAAAGGCGUGACAGGACGGGACGGCGUCAGACUCGGAUUUGUCACCCGGAGAACAUCUUAGAAAGAGAAAGUAAGAGCUUGUGGUGCCGCACUGCAUGAAUGAUAGACUCGUCUGGACGGGGGAACGUGCACAAACAGGAUGAGAGCGACGGUAGACGUCAAGUGGCUUCUGCUUACACUGGGCCUCCUAUUUCACUGUGUUUUGUCAGAUAAUGUUGGAACGGACACACCUUCUGCAUCAGCAAUGCCACAGAAUGCCGCUGGUACCACUGGUGGUGACAUCAUGGCUGGUGUAGCUGUUAGUAAUCAGGUCAGCACGGGGGACCCUGCAGGUGGGGCAACUGGAGCACCAGUAACUCUUGGGGUUCAGACACAAGACACUAAGUUGGGGCAAACAACACAUCCAGUUUCUUUGGACAUCAAGCCUACUGACAGAAGCGUGGUUCCUGCUACCACCAAACCUGCACCCACGUUGAUGACCACACAUCAACCUCUGACCACACCCACAAGCAAAAUGCAGAACAGUGUGACCACGGGUAUACCGCAGGUUGUCCUGAUGUCCACCAUCCCACCCAAAGCAACAAAUCCUGCCACAGCACCUCCCAGCGGUGGCCAUGCUGCUGGCAGCAGCGUCUCCGUGUCACCCACCCAGCCAGUCAUAACACAGAAACCUGGACCACCUCCCACGAUUGGGACUGAAGCACCUACCGCACCACCGACAACCCCCAAGAUGGUGCGGACGACCACACCCCCAAAGAUCUCAAUAGCUCCCACUACACUGGGGCAGCCCACCGUACCCUCCACAUCCGCUCCUAAAGGCACUACGGGAGUUUCCCCAGGAGAUCAGUUUUUCAGCACCAAGGAGAAUGUCAAGACCACCACUGUGUUAUUGUUAAGGCCUGAUGUGGUCACGCUGAAAGCAACAGAGCCGCCAAAGUCCACGGGGCCCACCAACGGGCCCACCAUCGGGCCCACCAAUGGUCCCACCAGCGGCCCCUCAGUCAUUGGCAAAGCAACGCCCACCACAGCUCAGAUCUCAGGGGCCGCACCUACAACCCUGUCCCCGGCGCUGACUGCCAACAUCAUCGCUGUCGCCACAGCAACCAAAACCAUCAGCACAGCUACGGGAAUUGAGCCAGAGAUCUUUUCAUACUCUCUGAAUGAUGGUGAGGAGAGAGAAGAGCAGAAAGAUCUGGUGACUGUGUGCCGGCGGCUGAUGGUGGACAUGCACACAGGAAACUGCACUGUGAUAUGGCGGCGCCACAACGGCAAAGUGCUGCUCAGUGACGUUGAAGUUAAUGGCAAAGUGAAAUCUGUGAUUGCAAACCAGAUUUAUGAAGAAAUCACCAAGAAGUCGGGCGAUAACAAAACGCUGAUCGCCAUCCUCGCCUCCUGUGGCGCUCUACUCAUCAUGAUCGUCAUCCUCGCCGUGUGCGCUUCACAGCACCGCAAACCCUACAAUGAAAACCAGCAACACUUAACAGAGGAGCUCCACACAGUGGAGAAUGGUUACCAUGACAACCCCACCCUAGAAGUGAUGGAGGUGAAUCCCGAGAUGCAGGAGAAGAAAGUGGCGCUGAAUGGCGAGUUCAACGACAGCUGGAUCGUCCCCAUGGACAACCUUCUGAAGGAGGACAUACCAGAUGAGGAAGACACCCACCUGUAGGGACAGAGG